UACAGUUGGACAAAAACAAAAGUUUUGACGUUGAACGGUUUUGAUUUUUCAAGGAAUAAUGUGGAAACCUUGCCCAUUUACACGUCACCCGGCCCUUCUAGUUUACAUAGUCUUGGAAAUAUUUAUUCUCAGCGUCAAAGGUCUUAAUGUUUGCACGAGCGGCAGCGCCACAUCUUGUGAAGAAUGUCUCCUCAUUCACCCGAGCUGCGCCUGGUGCGCGCAAGAGGACUUUGGACAAGCUAGAACUCUCAACUCACGAUGUGACUUCAGCCAGAACUUACAGAAAAGAGGAUGUGAUGCCCCUUUCAUAGAAAAUCCCAGGAGUGGCAGCUCUCUGUUGCGGAGCAAACCUCUGAGCUCCAAAGGUUCUGGGGUGACCCAGUAUGAUGUCAUCCAGAUAUACCCACAAAAGAUCUCUCUUAGCUUAAGGCCCGGUGACCAGACCUCAUUUAAGGUACAAGUGCGUCCUGUAGAAGACUACCCCGUCGAUUUGUACUACCUGAUGGACCUCUCGCUCUCCAUGAAGGACGAUCUGGACACAAUCCGCAACCUUGGCACCAAACUGGCUGAGGAAAUGAGGAAGCUUACAAGUAACUUCCGCCUUGGCUUUGGCUCUUUUGUGGAUAAGAACAUCUCACCCUUCUCCUACACAGCCCCCAAGUACCAGGACAACCCAUGCAAUGGAUAUAAGUUGUUCCCAAACUGCGUCCCUACGUUUGGCUUCCGUCACCUUUUGUCUCUUACGGACAAGGUUGACCGUUUCAAUGAAGAAGUGCAGAAGCAGCUGGUUUCGCGGAACAGGGAUGCACCGGAGGGGGGGUUUGAUGCCAUUCUGCAGGCUGCCGUUUGCAAGGAGAAGAUUGGCUGGAGGAAGGAGGCCUAUCAUCUCUUGGUGUUUGCCACCGAUGACGUCCCUCACUUGGCUUUGGACGGCAAGCUUGGUGGACUAGUGCAUCCUCACGAUGGACAGUGUCACCUGAACGACAAGAACGAGUAUAGUGCUGCAAACCAGAUGGACUACCCUUCACUCGCUCUACUUGGAGAGAAACUGGCUGAAAACAACAUUUUCCUCAUCUUUGCUGUGACCAAAAGACACUAUGUUCUUUACAAGAAUCUCACCGCUUUGAUUCCUGGGACUACAGUGGAAAUUUUGGACCAAGACUCCAAAAACAUUAUUCAGCUAAUUGUGAACGCAUACAAUAACAUCAGGUCAAAGGUUGAGCUGAGCGUAUGGGACCAUCCUGAAGAUCUCAGUCUGGCCUUCACGGCCACCUGCCAAGACGGCCAGCCCCUGACCGGCCUCCGCAAGUGUGCUGACCUCAAAAUCGGUGACACUGUCUCCUUCAACAUAACUGUAGAGGCUCGAGGAUGUCCUCCGAAAGGCACCAGGAAGAGUUUCACCAUCAGGCCUGUUGGUUUUAAAGACCGUCUGGAGGUCUCUGUGGACUACCGCUGUGAUUGCAGCUGCACAUAUUACACCAAAUCUAACAGCAGCCGCUGCAACUCCGCCGGCACCUACAGCUGCGGGACGUGCCGAUGUGAGCCCGGCUACCUGGGGGCCCGCUGCGAGUGCGAGGAGGGUGAGGUCGACCACCAGCACCUCAGUGCCUGCCGUGAGGCCGAGGGCAAGCAGGUGUGCAGCGGCCGCGGAGAAUGCAGCUGUAACCAGUGUCUGUGUUACGAGUCGGAGUUCGGCAAAAUCUAUGGCACCUUCUGCGAGUGUGACGACUUCUCCUGUGCACGACAUAAGGGAAUACUGUGCUCAGGCCAUGGAGAAUGCCACUGCGGUGAGUGUAAAUGCCACGCUGGUUAUAUUGGAGACAACUGUAAUUGCUCUACAGAGACGGCUUCCUGUGUGUCGGACGACGGCAAGAUCUGUAGCGGGCGGGGCAGCUGUGUGUGUGGGCGGUGCCAGUGCACUGAGCCAGGGGCAUUUGGGGACACGUGCGAAAAAUGUCCCACCUGUCCAGAUGCUUGUGGAACAAAGAGGGAAUGCAUUGAGUGCCGUCUCUUCAACACGGGGAGACUGGCCGAUAACCAGACCUGCCAGCGCAUGUGCAAGGAUGAGAUCAUCACGGUGGAAACACUCAAAAAGGAAGAUUCCAACGCUGUUCAAUGCGUGUAUAAGACAGAGAAGGACUGUGUGAUGAAGUUCACCUACUCUGAACAUGCCAGUGGCCAGUCGGUCCUCACUGCCCUUAAAGAGCCAGAAUGUGCUGUUGCCCCAAAUGCCAUGACUGUGCUCUUGGCAGUUGUUGGCAGCAUCUUGUUGAUGGGCAUCGUGCUGCUAGCUCUCUGGAAACUGGUCAUCACCGUCCACGACCGCCGCGAGUUUGCACGCUUCCAGAGUGCACGUUCACGAGCGAGAUAUGAGAUGGCAUCUAACCCUGUUUAUAAGCAGUCCAUCCCCUCUCACCCAAUGGAGACGGAUUUCCAUAUGCAUAUUAUCAAGUCAUGCAACGGAGGAGUCCACUGAUCGACCUGCAUUUGGACUGGGGGACAUGGCGGGACCUGUCCAGCACACCUCUGCACUACAGUGGAGGACAGAGACAGAGCAAAUGUUACCGUCUUUUGCAAUGCAAACAUUUUUUGAGGCGUGUGGUUCCUGAGGAUUGGAAGUGAUCUUUGUGCGGUUUCAGUUGGAUGAGCAGCAGCUGGACACAUGGCUUGUCUAGUUGGAGAGGCAGGGCUUCUCUGCCUGUUCCAGAAUUCUCCAUGAGUGAUAGACAUUGACCUGCAAUGGACCGCUUGCUUGAAUAUAAUUCCUAACCAUACCUCCUGCACAUUAUGAUGGAUUUGCUGUGCAUUGUUUUAUAGGCAAAGAGACAUGAAGUGUAUAUUUUUAACAGUGUUCCUUUCCCAGCCGUUACACAUUUUACAUCAUUUUAUUAACCACAUGUACAAUAGUCAGAUGCCAUAAAGUGUGCAUAGAACACAAAGAAAUGCUAAAUUAUACAUCAACUCUUUAAUGGAGUGAUU